AUGCCGCAGUCGUGGGACAUCGUCGAGACCCCUGGAGUUGGGUGCGGGUACGACAUACACGUGAAGAAUGAAGACAAGCCGUGGGUGAUGCCGAACACGGCGGGAGGACGCGCCACGCGCGCGUUGUUGCAAAAGUGCGGCGUACUGAGCGACGCCACCGAUGAGUUCGAGUACUUACUCCUUCGUAAAUAUUUCAUCAAUGGCGUCGCGAACUUACUCGCGAUCGUGGGCGAUUGCAACUGCGAUGGCUUGCUGCAGCAUCAUCGCGAGACGAUGGAGACGCUGUACGACGAAAUGUUGGAAAUUUUACGAGUCCCGCACGCCGACGGCUUCGCCCUCGCCCCAGAGAAUUUCCGCGACGUCGUCUUCGCGGGUUUAGCGACGUACCGAGACCACUUUCCAUCGACCAAGCUCGAUUUCGACGCGGGCGCGAAGCUCGAGAUCGAUAGUCUCAACGGAUACGUCGUCCAGCGCGCCAAGGAGCAGGGCCUUCCGUGCGCCGCGCACGAACGUCUCAUCGAGCAAGUCAACGCCCUCGUCGCCGCGCGCGACGGUAAAUCGUAA